AGCAGACGCUGCUCCUCGGACGAGCUGUCCAGGUGUUCGGUGUGAGAUAUCGCAGAGAUCAGGACCGUUUUAGAGCCUCAUCAGUGUAUCUGCAUGAUUUGGCCUAACAUGAUAUGCUUUGUCUCCGAGUCCGGCUCUCCCUCGGACGUGUGAAAUGCUGUCACCCCGCCCCACCGCUGCCUCAUCCCCGUGAGAAUGAAGCGGGAACACGGUUAAAAUGAAGACUGACACGGGGGUUAGAAUCUGAGCUGUGUGUUUAUAUCUCGAGAGGGAGAAGCUAGCCGCGACUGGGAUAGCCUACUAACCCAGACUGUAGCUGAGACACCCGGCGGCGGCUCGGAUAUCCUCAUCGUGCGGCCAUGGCUGGGCUCAUCAAGAAGCAGAUCCUGAAGCAUCUCUCCAGGUUUGCUAAAAAUCUGUCUCCGGACAAGAUCAACCUGAGCACACUGAAGGGGGAGGGCCAGCUGACCAACCUGGAGCUGGACGAGGAGGUUCUCCAGAGCCUGCUCGACCUGCCCACCUGGCUCGCCAUCAACCGCGUGGAAUGCAACAAGGCCGCCAUCAGGAUACCAUGGACCAAGUUGAAGACUCACCCGAUCUCUUUGACCCUGGAUAAAGUGGUGAUGGAGAUGAGUACCUGCGAUGAGCCACGUCCCCCCAAUGGCCCGUCUCCCAUAGCAACAGCAUCAGGGCAAAGCGAGUACGGCUUUGCAGAGAAGGUGGUCGAGGGGAUGACACUGUCCAUCAACUCCAUCGUCAUUAGGAUUAGCGCCAAGGCCUUCAACGCCUCCUUUGAGCUCUCGCAGCUGCAGGUCUACAGCGUCAACACCAGCUGGAGCCUGAGCGACCUGCGCUUCACCCGCAUCCAGGACCCUCAGAGGGGAGAGAUUCUAACGUUCAAGGAGAUCAGCUGGCAGAUGAUCCGCAUCGAGGCCGACGCCAUACAGAGCGCCGAGCACGAGAUGCUGAGCGCCCCGAUUCGCCUCAUCACGAACCAGUCCAAGAUCAGAGUCACACUGAAGAGACGGAUUAAGGACUGCAACGUGGUGGCCUCCAAGCUGAUCCUGAUCCUGGACGACCUGCUCUGGGUGCUGACCGACUCCCAGCUCAAAGCCAUGGUGCAGUACGCCAAGUCUCUGAGCGAGGCCAUGGAGAAGUCGGCGCAGCAGAGGAAGAGCAUGGCCACGGAAGACCAGGUGUCGUCAGCCCCCCCCUCAGCCCAGCAGGUGCGCACCCAGCAGGCAUCCACAGCAGCAGACCAGAGUGCCACGAUGGCCAAGCUGUUCAGCGCCUAUGACGUGUGUGAGACGUCCCACCACCUCCAGAUCACGCACCUCGACCUGCACAUCUGCGACGACAUCCAUGCCAAGGACAAAGUGAUCAACAAGAGGAUAACAGGUGGAGCCAUGCAGCUUUCCUUCAGCUCCAUCACUCUGGACUACUAUCCUUUCCACAGAGCAGGUGACAGUUGUGUUCACUGGAUGCACUACAGCGAGGCCACAAAGACGAGGGAGGGCUGGGCUCGGAGUCUGCUCGAUGAGUUUAAAUCCAACGUGGAAAUGUUAAAGAGCACAGUCCGUGACCAGCAGGGUCCGGCCCCUGCCAACACUUCCCCUCAACACAUGUCCCUUAGGGACGAUCUGUAUGGGCCUCUAGGAAGUCAGGAGAGAUCAGGAGGAGAAGGAGUAGGGCUUAGGGAGGCAGAGGGAGGACUUCUAGAGUGGAGCUCACACACACAGCCUCCAGCCCAGUGCUGCUGGUGCCUAGAGCCAGGUAAGAUAAACACCUCCUCCAGCGCCGCCUUCAGUCCUCCUCCCACGCAAAGCCCCAAGACCCAGCUCAUGUCCAGCUCUGUGGUUCUGAGGAUGGCUGACUUCAGCAUCUACCAGGUGUCAACAGCAGACCAGCGUCGCUCCAGCCCUAAAACCAUGAUCUCCUGCAAUAAGAAGUCCUUGUACCUCCCCCCUGAGAUGCCAGCCAUUCAUGUGGAGUUCACAGAGUACUACUUCCCUGAUGGCAAAGACUACCCCAUCCCGUGUCCUAACCUCUACGCCCAGCUGAAUGCCUUGCAGCUGGUCCUGGACCCUCGCAGCCUGAUUUGGAUCAACCUGUUUGCCCUCGACCUCAGGCAGAGUCUGGAGCAGUUCAUGGAGAUCUACAAGCUCAGCGACUCCCAGAAACCAGAAGAGCACGUGGAUGUUAAAGUGGACGGCCUCAUGCUCAAGCUGGUGAUUCCCACCGAUCGAGACGCCUCCUCUCCUCCCGAUCUGCCUCGAUCCAUCUCCGUGCAGACUUCAGAAAUGGUCGCCACAAACACCCGACACCCGUCUAACUGCACCCGCUCCCACCUCGAGGCGCUGCUGCAGGCCUUCGAGGAGGAACCCUUCUACUCUCCUUCUUACUCCUCAUUCCCUCGCUCCUCCUCGUCCUCCCCCCUCCUGCAUCCCGUCUUCCAGCGCCACGCACACGAACAAGACACCAAGCUCCACGAAAUCUACCGAGGCCUGACAGUGCCGACGUUGGGCACGGACGCGCUCAAGAUGCCAGCCGCAUCAGACUUUUGGGCGCUGCACUUCGCCCAGUUUUGGGUGGACUAUGAAGGCACCCGUGGAGGCAAAGGGCGGCCACAGCCCUUCGUGGACUCCUUUCCUCUCACAGUGUGGGCGUGUCAGCCCGCUAAGAUUGUCCAGCACCAGGAGAGGCUGAGAGGUGCGGCCGGAUCGGGUAUGUCACGGAGCACGUCUGGUGAGGCUGUGGCACGCCUGCAGAGGAAACGGUUACUGAAGGAGUAUUACAGCAGUGAUGGUUCUCAGAGCAACGACGCCACGCAGCCUGCCAGUAAUGGACUCCAUAAACCACACUCGCUGGACAGUCUGCCUUCCUCCUCCUCGUCUCUGUCAUCUUCUAGUAAAAGUGCUAAUGUGCAAAUUCUGGUGCACGUGCAGAAGCAUUUAAGUGCUCAGGUGAGCCACCGGCAGUACGUGUUCCUGAUGCAGCUCCAGCGCAGCAUCAAAGCCCUGCAGCAGACCCUGCAGCAGGAUCACGAGUCGAUGGGCUCCAAGAGGGACCGCAAAGAUCCCUCCCAGCGUUCUGAAGACCACCAGCCCUUCACCGCCUGCCUGGGCCUCCUGCUGAAAAGCGCAGAGGUGUCCCUCCUCCUGAAGCCCGUCUCCCAACCAGAGGGUUCAGGGUCCCCUAUGGGCUCUGAGCUGUCUCCCUCGGAGAGCCGCGGCACUCUGGAGCCUGGGAGCGACGCAGGAGAGGGCGCGGAGAAGAGCGAGAGGGGGAGCGAAGGGGUUGGAUCAGGGUCCGAAGGGGGAGCAGCCAAAACUGCGUGCAACGCCGUAGACCAGCUGCUUUGCGGCGAUGGCUCGGAGGGACCUGCUCCGCUCGUCCCCUCGGCUACCUCGGCUACACGUGCAGAGUUAAAUCACAGAGGUUCACUGGAUGAUAGGACUACAGCUAAGAGCUCUGGGAGGAGGAGUUCAGAGGAAGGGGGGGAAAUGGUUCUUGAAGGGUUGGCUGGGGGUGAGGAUGGAGUAGACUCUAAAACGGGGACAGGGGACCCUAUGCUGGACCCGCUCAGCUGCAAAGACUGGAGCGACAAAGACGCUGCAUCCGGCAAGAUGCCUCAGUCCAUAUCCAGUGGUCGUCUGAUGCGAGACCGCUCCCAGUCCAGCUUCUCUGUGUCCUACAAGAACAUGAAGAAGAGCCCGUCCCUGCAGUCGCUGGACAACAUCUCCAUAGACAGCUACCUGAUGGAGGACGGAGACACGUGCAGCCUGCUGGAGAGAGAUGACGUGUCCAUGUCAGGCUUCAAGGAUGCCAUCAGCGAGCAAAGUGCCACUGAGAGCACCACCGAGGCUGUGAUUGGUCCAGAACAGGAGGGAGGCGUGUCCCCGGACACCGUCAGCGCUACGUCUCAGAGCAUCGAUGAUCCCACCAAAGACACAGUGUCGGUGCUGGUGCUGAAGGUGCGGUCAGUGUGUGUCGCCAUGGAGGCGGAAGGCGAGAGCACCGCCGUGGCUCUGGAGGUGGGAAAGGUCACACCGAGCCAGCUGGGCAACGUCAGCCUCAGGCAGUACCUCAGCAACCGCAGCCUGGCCGGAGGAGAGCUCGACUCUGCGUCCACCAGCGGCCUCCACAGUCCAGAGGUGAGGGCUCGCCUAGAGAGCGGGCCCUGCGCCGCAGCUCACUCCCCGCUGGCCGAACGCAACGGCUUCCUGCAGCUCCGUCUCCACGGAUAUCAGGCCAGCUUCUUGAUGUCCACAAUGCGCAACCUGGCCAACUUCCUAGAGGACGACUCUGCGCCGCAGGUGCUGCCCAUGGAGAUCAGCGUCAGAGACACGCACAUCAACUUAAAGGACGACGGCCCCCGCGACAACCCGUCCGACUCGGAGCCCUCUCCGAUCACGCUGCAUGUGGACAGCCUCAUCAUCCACAGGAAAGACGACGGCUCCUUCUCUGUGGGAGUGGACACAGCAGUGGAUGAUAAAGCCAGGAAAGAUGCGGUGAUGACUGACAGCACUUUGAGUCCGGUCCCUGAGACUGUUGGCAGCGUCUGCACAGUACCAAAGGGUACACAGACUCCAGCCCUGCCCACUAGCCCCCCUCCAUCCAGCAAAGAGAAGAUGCUGACGGAAGAAAACGAAUGUUUGAAACUGGAGCUUUCCCGAGCCAAGAUGGCGCUGGCCGAAGCUCAGAUGGAGAAAGACUCGCUGCUGCACCGCAUGAAGAAUCUUAAAGUCAACACCAGCUAGACUCCGAUUCUGUCUCUUCACACGAGCCAGCAAGUCUGUCAUAUCAGCCCUGCUCUAGUCUGGGUUGAGGGUCAGCAACUUAAUCAAAGGCAACACCAACAAGUAGAGAAAAAAAAGGGGGGGAGGGGGUAUUUCUUCGUCUUAAAUGGCUUCACAAUAAUUCCUUCAUAAAGCAAUGCAGAGUCGAUGUGAAGACUCAGAAAUACAUGUUUUUGCAGUUUGUUGUCUGUUUUGCGUGCUCCUCUUUGGACAGUGAGAGAUCGACACAUUUGGAGCGAAGUUGAAAAAAAAAAAGGGAGAUGACAUUUAGUGGGCCUACGUGUGUGUGUGUAUGUGUGUGUGUGUGUGUGCGUGUGUGAGAAAGACAGAGGAUCUAUGUCCAUGGUUGUGCCUACAGAAAACCCCUCCCACACUAUCUGUGUUGUGUAAGUAAAACCAGACAGAAGAAAAUCACAGAUCUUAGAUGUUCAUUCAAUCCUGUAGUCAUGAAGAAAUACUGAAUGUUGCAUCUUCAGAAGAAUGUCUUAAAAAAAACAAAAAACACAGACUAAUUUGCACUGCACUGAAAUAAUUGUCAUUUUAGUGCUUUCAUAUUCAGAGGGGGGGGCGAGGGGAAUCGUGCUCUCGGUCUCCCUCAAGAGUGUGUACAGUGUAUAUCUAAGAAUGUGAACACAUGACUAUUUUCUUCCGAAACCUUGAAUGCUUAUGCAGUGUUUCAGUUGAAUGUGUGUGUUUGUCGCAGCCAGAACAAGCAUUUCAUGACAUAUAGAGGAUCAAAUUUCUAUGUCAGUUUCACGGCUUUGUCAGCAAAAUACCCAACAAUAAUGUCUGUAUCCCUUCGCCUAUUUUUCUAUGUGUAAAAAAUUGACUUAAAAUGUGCAGCACUUUUAAAACUGAGGCACUGUAAAUAAACCCGGAACUGUGACAGAACAUGAGUGGGAAAUUAAAUAAAAGGCACAUUGAAGCUGCCUGGCUACAUCAAUGUGUGUGUGUUUCUGUAAAUUUCUAAUCUGCAAUGUGUAAUUUUUUUCAUGGAUGCUCAUUGAACAUAUCUGCUGCUGUUCCAUCCUUCAAACCUGCAGGACGACUUCAUGGAAGAUGUUCAAAAAACGGCUCAAAUUGACUGCUUUGGAACAGCACCAAAGACUAAACAAGGACAGUUCAUAUGCAUUCUGUACUUCAGCUUGGCCCACUUCAUUUCAGUACCUAGUUUAAAAAAUAAAACUGGUUCCUCUUUCUGUUAGAGACAUGAAACACAGUAGUGAGACUUCAAAUGAACAUGUUUGUAUGGGAUUACUGUUGGUGGAAAGGAUGCAUUUUUUAAAAUCUGUUUUUUCAUCCGUCAUAAUAGCUCUCCUCCUGCGCGCUCUGGGAAACUCCACCCUCUGAAACCCUGUAGAGGAAGAGGUAGACUCAAAAAGUAAUACGUUGUAUUUUGUCUGUCAAAGCUGCUGAAUUCCUGAUAAAAAAUAAAAGGGUAUUCAAUUUA